UACAACAGUCAUUUAAUCAGUUUUGUGACUAAAACAAGUUUAUGCACUCAACAAGCCUAACUGAUUGUUAUUUUUUUUAAUUAAGAGAUACAGUUGUUUGACGCAAUUGCAUGUCAAGAUAAAGUUGACAUAUGGCUGUUAACUGAGUAGCAGAUUAUCCAAAGUAUGAAAUUGGCCAAUGGCCACACUGUGGGGUGAAACGGAUCUCUCAACGCAACAACGAGGAAUGUUCCGGCUCUACAUAGAAAGUCUUUCAGCAGCUUGUAAAUCAGCCCAGCUGGAAGGCACGUCAGGAGAGCAACCAAUCCGCCAUGUCGAGGGUGACGGAUCGCUUUCCAGCACCUAGCUGUAAUUCACAUGUCAUGUACACACAUGGUUUACAGAGAAGACACGAGUGCAAAUACACAAGAAACUCAAGCCUGGGGACCUCCCCGCUGGUUUGAUAUACCACAAACCCAGGCUACCUCUAUCCGUACCUAUAUCUUGUAAUUUGAAACAAGUAUGAUGUAUUAUGAUAGAUUUUUAAAUACUAAUAAUAAAAAAAGCAUCAAGGUAUUUAUAAGAUCGCUCAUUUGUAAAGUACUGAAGCCGUGGAGAAUGAAUGGAGUGAUGUGUUUGUGUUGGUGGAGGGUUAUGAUAUGACUCACUGCUUUGCAGUAAAAGUUAAAGGAAGCUCAAGUUCCUGUUUGAGCCAGAUUUGGCUCUUCACCUCCUAUUUCAUGUAGCCCGUAGCCUUGACAUCUCUCAUUUUCUCUGAGUUAUUUCAUCCCCUCAUUGUUUGAUAUUAAAGGUAUCUGUCAGACGCAGUGCUUCAGUGCUGGCCAGGGAGACGGCGUGCGCACUGAGGUCUUGAUGCUGCGUGCUACAUAGUAAGUCUUUGAGGCUAAAGUACAUUGGAGCUUUUUAAUGAAUUAUUGCUAAUUUGAUGUCACUUGAAAUUUUGACAGUGCUUUUUUUGCAGUGUCAAGAAAAAUCCUGCUGUUGAUGCAGCGUUUUUAUUAGCAGAUUAGGUGAGGCUAAUUCAAGCACUGAAGCACAGCUAUGUAUUAAUUCAUUAAUGGACACAUGGUAUUGACAGCCUGGGGAAGUGCUGGAUCUCUUUCUGAUAUUCAACACUUUUAGAUGUGUGUAAUUAACAGUGUUAGCAAGUGUCAAGUUAAGGCACUUUGCGUUAAAAGCUAACACAGUUUCCAUUAAUUUCACCCUCGCAUGACACUCAGGAGGGCCGCCCACCAGCCCUGAGCAUAAUUAGCAUGUGGGGUCUGAUGGAUUUAUACAUCAGUGUCAUGUGAUUAGCUCACCAAUGAGCGGGAUUCACCCGCUUUGAUAGCAGUAAUAGCAGGGCUGCGAACGCAGCUUUAGCCAAAUUGAUCUGAGCGUGUUGUUUGUUCUCAGUCUUUCUCCGGAUGAUUUGGUCACGGGCCAAGAUACAGCCCGUCUGCCGCGAUAGGCACCACCCUCUCUUUGCAAGUUUGAAAUGUGAUCCGCCCAUGCUUUCCCCCCCUUUUCGCCCUCUGGCAAAGUGGCCAUCGCAUUGCAUGGAUGUGUAUAUGAGUGUGUGCGUGGCUGCGUGCGUGUGUGUGUAUGAAUGUGUGGCUUCCAUCAGUUUCUAAUGAAUGAGGGUUUUAGGCAUGUGGACUUCACUUAGGACACCAUACAUCUGAGCUCUCCUUUCGUCCUGGUGCGAGGAGCUGGGACGGCUUCUCUUGUUGCGGCAUCAGAAGAAUCGUCAGAGUGAUCCACAGGGCAAAGUACCCUUGCAGCCGCCCAUGAAUUCCAUGAAGCCCUCGCUCUCGCAUGGUGAUGGGUCCUUUCCAUAUGACAGCGUUCCCUGGCAACAAAACACUAACCAGGCCCCUGGCUCGUUGUCAGUGGUUACGACGGUGUGGGGCGUAACCAAUACAUCACAAAGUCAGGUAUUGGGUAACCCCAUGGCCAAUACCAACAAUCCCAUGAACCCUGGAGGCAAUGCACUAGGGUCUGGUAUGUCAGCCAACAACCCAGGGAUCAACUCACAUCAGUUCCCUGGCCAACAACAACAGUUUUCAGCCAAAGGGGGAUCCAACCAGGCCUACAUGCAGCAAAGCAUGUAUGGGCGUCCAGGGCACCCGGGAGGAGGUGGUUUUGGUGGAAGUUACCCGGGUGGGCCGAAUGCUCCGAGUGGUAUAGGCAUGCCCCCUCAUACACGACCGCCGUCUGAUUUCACCCAACCCGCUGCUGCUGCUGCUGCCGCUGCUGUUGCUGCUGCAGCCGCCACCGCAACAGCUACUGCCACAGCAACCGUAGCGGCCCUGCAAGAGACCAACAAAGACAUGAACCAGUACAACCAGGUCUGCUCCUCUUUCCAGAUGGGGCCUACGCAAGGCUACAACAGCCAGUUCAUGAACCAGCCAGGGCCCCGUGGGCCCCCGUCCAUGGCUGGAGGCAUGAACCCGGCUGGUAUGGGUGGUGGCAUGAAUAGCUCCAACAUGAGUGGCCCUCCAAUGGGUAUGAACCAGCCCAGAGGCCCAGGGAUGGGGCCCUUCAGUGGCCACGGCCAAAGGAUGCCUCAGCAGAGUUACCCUGGACCCAGACCUCAGUCCAUGCCUAUGCAGGGCACCAAGAGGCCCUAUCCAGGAGAGCCUAAUUAUGGAGGCCAGCAGUUUGGACCCAAUGGCCAGUUUCCCAACCAGCAAGGGCAGUACCCUAACCCAAAUGCUUCUAGAGCUCUUCCUUCACCCAAUUACCCUGGGCAAAGGAUGCCGGGACAACAGGGCUCAGGCCAGUAUCCCCCUACUGGGGUAGCCAUGGGCCAAUAUUAUAAGCAAGAGCCAUUCAAUGGUCAGAACAACAAUUUCUCUGGAGGUGGUUAUGGGUAUAAUCAAGGAAAUGGGCCUCCUCGGCAGGUGGUGAACUACCCACACUCGCCAGUUCCUGGGAACCCCACGCCACCCAUGACCCCUGGAAGUAGUAUACCUCCGUACCUGUCACCCAAUCAGGAUGUCAAGCCCCCAUUUCCUCCAGACUUGAAGCCAAACAUGACGCCUCUGCCUCCACCUCCAACCAACGAGGAGCUUCGUCUGACGUUCCCUGUGAGAGAUGGAGUUGUGCUGGAGCCCUUCAGAUUAGAGCACAACCUGGCUGUCAGUAACCACGUCUUCCAUCUGCGCCCCUCCGUCCACCAGACGCUCAUGUGGAGAUCUGAUCUGGAGCUGCAGUUUAAAUGCUAUCAUCAUGAGGACCGGCAAAUGAACACCAAUUGGCCCGCAUCCGUCCAAGUCAGCGUCAACGCCACCCCCCUCACUAUUGAGAGGGGCGAAAAUAAGACAUCCCACAAACCCCUGCACCUAAAGCACGUGUGUCAGCCAGGGAGAAACACCAUCCAGAUUACAGUCACAGCCUGCUGUUGUUCGCACUUGUUCGUGCUGCAGCUGGUCCAUAGGCCAUCGGUGAGAUCGGUACUGCAGGGACUUCUGAAGAAGAGGCUCCUUCCUGCGGAACACUGCAUUACCAAAAUUAAAAGAAACUUCAGUAGCGUAGCAGCGUCCUCUGGGAAUGCCACACUAAAUGGAGAGGAUGGAGUAGAGCAGACAGCCAUCAAAGUGUCCCUCAAGUGUCCAAUCACAUUCCGAAGGAUCCAGCUCCCUGCUAGGGGACAUGACUGCAAACACAUCCAGUGCUUUGACUUGGAGUCCUAUCUGCAGCUGAACUGUGAGAGAGGAACGUGGAGAUGUCCUGUAUGCAAUAAAACAGCAUUACUGGAAGGGCUGGAGGUGGAUCAGUACAUGUGGGGAAUUCUCAAUGCGAUUCAAAAUUCGGAGUUUGAAGAAGUCACCAUCGACCCUACAUGUGGUUGGAGGCCGGUGCCCAUAAAGUCAGACAUUCAUAUAAAGGAGGACCCAGAUGGCCCUUUGGCCAAGCGUUUUAAAACCAUGAGUCCCAGUCAAAUGAUCAUGCCUAAUGUGAUGGAUAUGAUCGCCCAGCUGGGUCCCGGCCCUUCACCCUACACCCCCCUCCCCCUUCAGCACGGAGGAAACAAUGGUGAAUAUGGGGGCCACGGUAGAGGCAAUAGUUACCAGGGCCAUGGAAACUUUGACUUCUCCCACAGUAACUCUGGUGGAGGAGCUCCCAUGAAUGACUUCAUGCAUGGACCCCAGCUCUCACAUCCGCCAGACAUGCCCAACAGCCUCAUGGGCCCUGACAAGCCUCUCACCCACGGCAUGCCUGACUCGAUGCCCCAUCCUGUGAGCGCUGAUCAAUCCCAUGCUUCCAUGCAGCCAGGCAUGCAUGCAUCCCCUCACCCCAACAGCCAGUCAGCUCAGCCAUUGCAUCACAGCGGCCCCCCAUCCUCCCAGCCCCCACGCCAGCACCCACCCCCCCAGCAGCCAGGCCAAAACAGUCACCCACAUGCUGACAUGACCUUCAACCCUGCCGCCGACGGGCAGGCAGGUGGCCAGGGACCUGCAGACAUGCCCGAGCCUUCGCUGGAUCUUCUGCCAGAACUGGCGAACCCGGACGAGUUGCUGUCAUACUUAGACCCUCCUGACCUCCCAAGCAGCAGCAACGAUGAUCUGCUUUCCCUUUUUGAGAACAACUGACUUCCUUCAGGCGGCCUUUAGGAGAGAGGCCCUCAUUUGUUUGGCUGUCAGGAAUUGAGAGGCAUAUGAAGACUGACUCUGUACUUUGCAAACAGGAAACAGCCAUCCUUUUGCCUCUUCCUCGUGUAAAUAUCUCACUCUUUUACAAGCAACCUUUUCCACACAUAUAUGGCAGCCAUGUUGGUUCGCACUAAAGUGAUAUCUUUCAAUACUAAUGGAAAUACAUGUGCAGCUAUUAUCAGUUCAUAUGAAUACGUCACACAGAACUGUGUGUGUGCUCACUAGGAAAGUAUUGUAGCAUUUUUAAUUCAGAUUUUUUUUCCUUUUGUGAAAAGAAGACCUGAAUAGAAAAUAUAUAUAUAUAAAUAUAUAUAUUUCUUCCUGUACUGGCCUCUGUGUGUCCGCAAUCUCUUGAAGGUUUGUUCUUCCAAACUCUACCACCACUUCCCAAGAGGCUUCCCAAGUCCUCGUCUGCUGGAUGUCCACACUGUUUGUCAGUCCAUCUCCCUCGGAAAAGCACAAGAGAAUGCGUCAGACUGCACCUGGAAGCCUGUUAAAGAGAGGACAAAUGAAAAAAAAAGCUCAUCUCGUAAUCACCAGAAUGAUCUAACCCUCCCAUCCCAGAGACUAACGAUGGGAGUUUUGCGAAAGUUCUCCAAACACUCCCAAACUCUCACGCCACAGGACACAAGAAGGUGUUCUGUUCUAGUACACCACCACGCAGCUUUGCACCUCAUUUUGUAAUGUGAUUUCAUGUGUCCAGCACCUUCAGACGUAUGCAUCAUGUUCUAAACAAAUGCUAGAGGCCAUCACGGCGUGCAUUCUUUUCCUUCUCGAGACAGAAUCGCAAACAUUUCAGCACUCUACCCAUGAUAUUGUGCAACAGACUGUUCCUCCUCCUGCAACGAUCUGUGGAUUCUCCACACCAGCGGUCACAGAGCAAGAAGAAAGCAAUUCACGUUUCAAAGGGAAGUCAGUCUUGUGUCAUCGGUCUUCUCUGUGAGUUCUCUUCAUGCGUGAGGCAAUUGAUGUUCAUACCCCUCUUCUGACAAACUGCACACAAUGUGGAAACAUUCAUCGUUCCCAUUCGCCCCUUAUUUUAGUGAUACGGUUUCUUUUCUUUUUUUCAACCAUUUCUUCUGUUUUGUUUUAAUUCAGCCUUUUUAUUCAUGAAUUUUCAUGUUUAAGUUUUAUUUUAUAAUGCACAUUAUAUUGUUCAUAUAAUGGUAAGUAUUUGUUUUUUUCAUGUUGUUACAAUUGUACAAAAAUCUGUACAUUUAUCACAUGAUGUCCAUGGAUUACCAAAGUUAUGCACCCUGAUUUGAGAAGGUGGCCCAAAUCGAUUUUGACAAGCCCUUAAGUUGUUCCCUGUAGAAUUUGAUCACGUGUAACGUCUCACAUUCAGCAUUUUGUUUACAUGUAAAAUCAUAGUAAUUACAGAGCAAACAAUGAAGAAAGUGUUUUUUUUAGAAUAUGUUCUCUAUUUAUAGAUUUUUCCUUUUUAAUUCAGUUAUAUAAUUCAACUAUAUAUUAUCUCAAUACCCAUCAGUGCAUUCAAUUCUUACAGAAACUGUACAUUUCAGUAAAAAUUCAGUAAAACUUUUAUAUCAGCAGCUCACUGAAGGCUAACAACGUCCAUGUGUACAAGACUGAUUUUCUCAAAGAAAAAACGCAUUUUCUGGAUUUUUUUUUUUUUUUAAGUCAAAAUGGCCAAAUCUAAUAAUUGUCCAUAUUUAUAUUUGUAACAACAUUUCCAUGAUACUGAUGUUACUUAAAGACUGUUGAAGGCUGACAUCACCGUUUGAAACAUGUUUCCAUUUUAAGUUAUUUUUUUGCAAUAAUAGUUUUUAGUUUGCCUGUUUUUUUUUUUUUUCUUCUGUUCUUCUUGGUGUAGAUUUAUGUACAAAAAUGUUUGUUGUUGACAAUUUAAAUACUAAGAACUCCAACAGGAAAAUGUGGUUUCAAGUUCUAUAGCGUUUGUCUGUAGGUCACUUGUAUAUCCUUUUUCAAAGAUGCACUGCCGCAUUUCCGUUCCCACUUUGUAGACACAAAUAGGCAUAAACUGAACUUAAAGACUCCUGAAGAUGUUGUCUGUGAGCUGUCACAUGCUAUUGAUGUACAGUCAUUGAAGAGACACAGUGGGUGCUGAGGCAGGAACAGAAAGGUUUAAAUGAAAUAGAUGGUGUGUUCAUUACCCAGCCACAGGGUGAGGGUUCAGUGCGGGUCGAAGGAAAAAGGGUGAAGGGACACAUUAGGGAUGCAUGUACAUAUGUAAAUGAUAAAUAGAGACACGUUAACAGAAAUGUAUUCAUUUUCCCCAGGGGAAUGUGCAUUGUGUAUUUAGAAAUUGUAAAGCUUGCAUCCUCCCAUCAGAAUCUAAAUUGGGUAAAAUGAAUCUGUGUUUGUUAGCGUCUGUGGAACCUCUAAGCAUUUGUUCACUUUUGUAAAAUAUUCAUCCCACAUGACUGAGGAAUUUGGGGAGAGGAUAAAAAGAGACACAUUUGUUUUACAUUUGUGUAAUAUUUAGCUUAUGUGUAUUGCUCCAUUUUCUUGUGUACUUAAUAAGGUGCUACAGAAGAUAAUGAAGAAAAUCCUGGGGAAAUAAUUUGGACAAUAGGGACACGGGGCCAGGGGCGGUUCCAAAAGAUUGUAACCAAAAUUCAGAGUUUGUACAAUUUUGAUAUCAUGAUCAGGAAAAUUAAAAACAUAAAUGAGGUACAAUCUGAGGUGAUUGGCACCAAACCUUGCAGUUGUCUUUUGCUUGUACAUUCUGUUGUACAAUCAUUUCAUAUUCUAAACCGGUCAGAGAGAGAGAAAAAAAAACGACAACAAAAAACUAAUUGUGAUUUUUAGUCUUGCAAAACUGUAUGUAGUUAGAUGCUGUGACAUCCUAAUAUUUAUCUAAUAAAUAUGUAUUCAGAUGAAA